UUCCUCUCAUCAAUUGAAACCACGACUACAUCGAAGUUUCUGUUUUUUUGGUUUUAAGCAAAAGCCAUAUAUCUCUGCUUUCUUGCCUGAAACAUAAGCACCCUGCAUCCCCGUCUAAGUACAACAUGAACACUCCAACAGUGUCAUUACACGUCCCGUUUUUAUUUCUUCUGCUGCAUUUGAUUAAUUCUUUGGACACCCUUGCCCCAAACGAUACCGUGAAAGAUGGUGAUGUCUUGAUCUCCCAAGCAAGAAAAUUCGCUCUCGGUUUCUUCAGCCCAGGUAAUUCAAGCUUGCAUUACGUGGGGAUUUGGUACUAUGGACAACCGGAGCAAACCAUCGUUUGGGUUGCUAACAGAGAAAAUCCCGUGAACGAUACUUCAGGAGUUCUUUCAUUUGAUCGUCAUGGAAACUUAGUGAUCCGUGAAAACAAUGGGAGCUUGCCCAUUUGGUCAACCAAUGUUUCCUCCACUAAUUUAAGUGAUUCUAAUACUGCUCAGCUUUUGGAUUCAGGUAAUCUGGUUUUGAAACAUGAUUUGAGCAAAGUGGUUAUUUGGCAGAGCUUUGAUUAUCCCACAGAUACCUUUCUUCCAUCCAUGAAGCUUGGGUUGGACCGGAGAACUGGUUUGAACUGGUUCCUGACAUCUUGGAAGUCUGAAGAUGAUCCAGCCCCGGGCAGUUAUUCAUUCAAGUUUGAACCAACAGGGUACCCACAGUCGUUCCUUUACAAGGAUCGAACUCGAUAUUGGCGGGGCGGACCAAUAAUUGAGAAUCCUCAUGGUGCCGAUCCCUCGAUGCCUAAAGAUUUCAACUAUACCGUCACAAAUGUGAGGAACACGACGGAGGUUUCUACGAUGUAUGGCACAUCGAUUAUCUCUAGGUAUGUGGUGCAGGAGUCAGGGUCGAUUAAAUACUUCGUAUGGCAUGACGAAGAGCAGAAGUGGAGCGAGUUUGCUUACUAUCCAAAGGAGCAGUGUGACUACUACAGGAACUGCGGGCCUAAUGGUAACUGUGGUGCAAACACUGCUGAUCAGUUAGACUGCACAUGCCUGCCCGGCUUUGAGCCCACGUCCCUGGGCAAAUGGCACCUAAAGGACGCAUCAGACGGGUGCAAGAGGAGGCAAGGUGCAUCAGUGUGUCGAAGUGGGGAAGGUUUCGUGAAGGUGCAACAGGUGAAGUUGCCGGACACUUCAACAGCACAUGUCAACAUGAGCCUGAGCUUGAAAGAGUGUGAGCAGGAAUGCUUGAGGGAUUGCAAUUGCACAGCUUAUUCGAGUGCAAGUAAAAGUAUGGGGGAAUAUGGAUGUCUCAAAUGGUUUGGAGAUUUAGAGGAUACAAGAUCAUUUUCAAACUUUGGUGAAGAUUUAUAUGUGCGGGUCGAUGCAAUUGACUUAGCUCGCCAUAGGAAAAGGAGUAUGCUUGUCAAGAAGGCGGUGGUAGCAACGGUAUUGGUAUCUGCACUGGUGUUGCUGCUCUUGGGCUCCCUUAUGUACUGCCUUCUGUUGAAGAGGAAAAGAGAUAGAAGAGGGCUUACCCCAAGCUCAACAUAUUUGGACGCACUUCCAGGUCGGAAAGACCUCGACAGCAAAGGGAGACGAAAAACAGAUAUACCAGUCUUUGAUUUUGGAAUUGUAGCUGCAGCCACAAGCAAUUUUUCCUCUGUCAAUGAGCUCGGCCAAGGCGGUUUUGGAUCUGUAUAUAAGGGUGUGAUGAAUAACGGAACAGAAAUAGCGGUUAAAAGACUCUCGAAACAUUCUGGACAAGGAAAUGAAGAGUUCAAGAACGAAGUCAGAUUGAUUGCCAAACUCCAACACCGGAAUCUGGUAAAAAUCUUAGGUUGCUGCAUUCAGGAAGACGAAAAACUGUUAAUUUAUGAGUAUUUACCCAAUAAAAGCUUGGAUUUAUUACUUUUCGAUGAAACAAAGAGAUCACUUCUGGAUUGGGGAAAAAGGUAUGAAAUCGCAUAUGGGGUAGCUCGGGGACUCAUGUAUCUACAUCAGGAUUCGACCUUGAGGAUAAUCCACAGAGAUUUGAAAGUUAGCAAUGUCUUACUAGAUGUUGCAUUGAACCCCAAGAUUUCAGAUUUUGGGUUAGCGAGGAUAUGUGGAGGAGACCAAAUGGAAGGAAAAACAAAGCGUGUGGUCGGGACAUAUGGGUACAUGGCACCAGAAUACGCUCUACAAGGCCGGUUUUCUAUAAAAUCAGAUGUGUACAGUUAUGGAGUUUUGUUGUUAGAGAUCGUCACAGGCCAAAGGAAUAGUGGGUGCUAUCAUAUGAACCCCUUUUGCAAUUUAAUUGGCCAUGUAUGGGAGCUGUGGAAAGGAGGAAAAUGCAUGGACAUUGUCGACAAAUCAAUUGACAAGACAUAUUAUGAGGAAAAGGUAUCGAGGUGCAUUCAAAUCGGUCUUUUGUGCGUGCAAAGAUUUGCAUCGGAUAGACCAACUAUGUCCACAGUGGUUUUCAUGUUGGGGAACGCUGAUGUGUUACUUCCAUCCCCGAAACGGCCCGCGUUCAUCGACGAGAGCGCCCACAAUGGAGAUAUUCAGUCGACAUGUAACAGAACAUGUUCUGUUAAUGGAGUUACAAUUACUGCUGUUGAAGCUCGCUAGUCACAUGCCACCACAAGUGAACUGCGUAAUCUACUCAGCUUGGGAAAUUGAGAUACUCCCUGUAUAGCUAGAUAGAUGGAACCUAAAGCCUAAUCGUGUCGUAUAUGAGCUAACUUGUAGCUCUUGUGCUUAUGAGAUAAGUUGAUAUGUAGAUUGGAUACAAUAUACUACUCUUUAAAAUUUCCUUGAUUUA